AGUGCGCACGCCCAGCAACGCGACAAGGAAUCUCGCUGCCUCUGCCCUGCCAUUACACUACAAAUUCCCACCUGCUCCCCUGUUUCUUGGUUCCCUUCUUCUCCACAUCACCCCCCACACCCACCUUUCCCCUCCGCGGCGGCGCACGAGGGAUCUGCCUCCGUCCGGAGAAGACGAGGAGAUGAUGGGGAGGAAGGCCCUGGACUACGAGGAGCUCAACGAGAACGUCAAGAAGGUGCAGUACGCCGUGCGCGGGGAGCUCUACCUCCGCGCCUCCGAGCUCCAGAAGGAGGGCAAGAGGAUCAUCUUCACCAACGUCGGCAACCCGCACGCCCUCGGCCAGAAGCCACUCACCUUCCCCCGCCAGGUGGUGGCGCUCUGCCAGGCUCCAUUUCUGCUCGAUGAUCCCAACGUCGGCCUCAUCUUCCCCGCCGAUGCCAUCGCGAGGGCCAAGCACUACCUCUCCCUCGCACCCGGCGGUUUAGGUGCUUACAGUGACUCCCGAGGUAUCCCUGGGGUUAGGCAGGAAGUUGCCGAGUUCAUUCAGAGGCGUGAUGGGUAUCCAAGUGAUCCAGAGCUUAUCUACCUCACUGAUGGUGCCAGCAAAGGUGUGAUGCAAAUGCUCAACGCCAUUAUCAGAAACGAGAGGGACGGGAUUUUGGUCCCUGUUCCACAAUACCCGCUUUAUUCUGCUGCUAUUUCCCUCUUUGGUGGUUCUCUUGUCCCGUAUUAUUUGGAAGAAGAGGCUAACUGGGGACUUGAUCUUGUCAGUACCCGGCAAUCAGUUGCAGAAGCACGGUCAAAGGGAAUCACUGUUCGAGCAAUGGUGAUAAUAAACCCAGGAAACCCUACUGGUCAAUGCCUAAGUGAAGCAAAUAUUAGGGAACUUUUGAACUUCUGCUAUCAGGAAAACUUGGUUCUGCUUGCAGAUGAAGUUUAUCAACAGAAUGUUUAUCAAGAUGAGCGUCCGUUUAUAAGUGCAAGAAAGGUUAUGUUUGACAUGGGUCCUCCAGUAAGCAGGGAAGUUCAGCUGAUUUCUUUCCAUACUGUGUCCAAAGGAUAUUGGGGAGAGUGUGGACAGCGUGGUGGGUACUUUGAAAUGACAAAUAUUCCUCCCAAGACUGUCGACGAGAUUUAUAAGGUUGCAUCAAUCGCGCUGAGUCCAAAUGUUCCUGGGCAGAUCUUUAUGGGGCUUAUGGUGAACCCUCCUAAACCUGGAGACAUCUCGUACCUGAAGUAUUCUGCUGAAAGUAAGUCUAUCCUUGAAUCUUUGAGGAGGAGGGCACAAAUAAUGACAGACGGUUUCAAUAGUUGCCGAAAUGUUGUCUGCAAUUUCACAGAAGGAGCUAUGUAUUCUUUCCCGCAAAUACGCCUGCCGCAAAGAGCUAUGGAUGUAGCCAAAAGCGCUGGCAAAGCGCCUGAUGUUUACUACUGCCUCAAGCUUCUGGAAGCCACUGGAAUUUCCACUGUUCCAGGCUCAGGUUUUGGUCAGAAAGAAGGGGUGUUCCAUCUGAGGACGACGAUCCUGCCCGCGGAGGAGGACAUGCCGGCGAUCAUGUCGAGCUUCAAGAAGUUCAACGACUCAUUCAUGGAGCAAUACCAGGACCACUCGAGGCUGUGAAGAGAGAAGAAAACAAAGCAUCUACAUAUAAUAUAAUGCUGCUCUUUUCUACCAGCAAUUGAAGUUGAUUAAUUAGCUGUAAGCUGUAACUAUGGUGAAGAAAACUGGUUGCUAUGCUUGAUAUGUAUAGGGGGAAAUUAUAUGCGGAAAUGUUCGGUCCAUUUACUACAUAUGAUGAUACUGUAAUUGUUGGCUCCAAUAAUUGAUCCAUAAUAAAUAAUUAAACACCCUUUGUUAA